AUGGAAUUGGACUUGCAGAUGGAGGGAAGGUGUGCAUAUGCCGUCCUCGUCAUGGUGGCAUUCUGGAUGACGGAUGCCAUACCCAUGGCCAUCACGUCCCUCAUGCCGGUCUUUCUCUUCCCCCUUCUCGGGAUACUUGGUACCUCUGAGGUCUGCAAAUUGUACAUCAGGGAGAGCAUCAUGAUGUUCCUCGGUAUGCCACCAUCUCUUCCCUGGCCAUUGUCUGCUCAGAAGUUACAGUCGAAGAUUGAAGUUUGCUGA